AUGCAGGGGCUCCUCAAGUGCAGCAGGCUAGUCCUGGCUCUUGCCUUCAUCCUGCUCCUGGAAUCUUCUGUUGAAGGUAACCCUGUGCGGAAAGCCAGGUACCAGUGGGUUCGCUGUAAUCCAGACAGUAAUUCAGCCAAUUGCAUUGAAGAAAAAGGACCAGUGUUCAAUCUCGAUGCUGACGAAGCCAACAGGAUUCUCCCUCCGAAGACGAACUCUUUUCUAAAUUUGCAGGAUGUCUUCCCUCUUUCUGAGGACUUUUCUGGAUCGGGCUCCGGUUCCGGCUCUGGAUCAGGCUCCGGAAGUGGCUUCCUUACUGAAAUCGACCAAGAAUACCAACCAGUAGAGGAAAGCAAUGAUAUCUACUACAACUUCCAGUCUCACGAAAGGAAUCUGCUCUCCAACGGGCAGGACUUGAAUGAAGAAGUAUUAGAAGAAGAUUUUCUUUUAUAA